AUGAUCGAUCCAAGUAAUACAAUAAUGAAGCUCUUUAUUGCCCUGUUUGUUACUUUGGCCGUGGCCUUGACUGCCACUGAUGCCGCUUCUCCAAAGACUGUCACCACUUACAUGUCAUUCUACGCCGCCGGUGACAACUGCCCACCAGGUCCAGCUAUCGCCUACCCAAGAAAGUCUGGUGGAGUCGCCGGAGGUCUCGGAACCUACGCCAACCCCAUCACAUUCGCCGGCGCCAAGGCUUCGAUCCCCACCAAGUCCAUCAUCUACUCGCCCACCUACAAGAAGUACCUGAUCAUGGAGGACUCGUGUGAGGAGUGCAUCAACAAGUGGAACUCCCAGAAGAAGUACCACGUCGACGUCUGGUUGGGACCAUCCACCAUUGCCAAGGGCACCACCGACUGCGAGGUCGCCCUGACCCUCGGCUCCACCUCAAUCAUCCUGAACCCCUUCAGCAACUACACCGUGGACACCACUCCAUUCUUUGCCAAUGGUGCCUGCAUCAAGCCCGUGACCAAGUGUGUCGACGAUGGAAAUGAGUGUGGCAACCUCUGCGAGAUCCCCAAUGCUGCCUCGUGCACCCAGCUCGCCCAGAUGUUCCUCUUGACCAACACCCGUUUCGCUCAACUGAACCCAGACCUCAACUGUGGUCGUACCAUCCCAGCCGACACCAGUGUCUGCAUGUCUGGCUCAUGUGGUGGUCCAUAA